GGGUUUUCAGUUCUCAUCCUCCGCCAAACCCCCAGAAGAAAUUUCCUAAGAAGCAAUUUGUGAUGCAUCAUCAUUCAGGCAGAGAUUGAAAGAUGCUUAGGUUGAGAAGCAGCAGCAAUGGCUUCCCAAAGCAAUUCAUCACAUCAUCAAUAUCUACAACUAUCAACCAUCUACUUCAAUUCUCAGAUGUUGCAUCAACACCAGCUGUGAACCCUAAAAUCCUAGAGGAAUCACCCCUAAGCAGCUCAAGUGGUUUCACGACACAUGGAGCAAUCGCUGCAACUUCAGUUCUCAAUUUUGGAUUCAAAGAAACCCAAAUCAGGUGCCUUCUUUCCCCUUCUUCUACUCCUAUAUUAUUCUCUUCUUCUCAUGUAGAAGAAGCCAUUAAACCUAAAAUUAAGGGUUCUCAAGAUUUGAGGUUAUCAGUCCCAGCUAUUAACAGAUCAAAUUUGUUGAUUCAACCCAAUACAUCGUUCUUAACUAAGAAAUGUGGUAUGUCUCAUGACAAAAAUCAGAAAUUUCUAUUAAGUAAUGCAAGACAUUUCAUGAAUAAGCCUGAUAGAGUUGAUGAUGACGAGAAUAACACUGAUAAAGAGAGGGAUUUGAUAAAGAAAGUUCCAAAUUCACCUCUGGAAACGAUUCUAGGAGAAGUUAGAAUUCGUUUCAUGUGGACAUCGUUUGGUCUUGGUAUGACAUGGUUUACAUGUUACUGGUUUUCAGAAGAAUUCAUUUUUCUAUUAGCUAAGCCGUUUCUGACUUUGAAUUCAGAUUCUCAUUUUGUUUGUAUACAAUUGACGGAGGCAUUGUCGACGUAUCUUGCGACGUCUUCGAUAGCGUGUGCUUAUUUCGUGUUUCCGUUGCUUAGUUACCAGUUGUGGAGCUUUUUGAUACCAAGCUGUUAUGAGGAGCAAAGGAUGAAAUACAAUAGGGUCUUUCGCUUAAGUGGUUUUUCAUUCGCUUUCUUCCUGUGCCUUACUUUUUCUUAUGUGGUUCCUAAUAUUUGGCACUUUUUAUAUUCCAUGGGUGCAACAUCAACCAAUUUGCUCAUGAUCAAGUUUGAGCCUAAGAUUUAUGACUAUAUUAUGUUGACUCUUCGAAUUUCGUUGAUUUCGUCGGUCUGUUCCCAGGUGCCUGUCCUUUUGAUCUCUUUGCUAGAACAGAAGGCUCUCUCUGUGGAAAGCUUUACAAACAAUCGCCGUUAUAUAAUGCUUUUUUCUCUUUUCAUGGCUGCUCUUUCCACACCUCCGGAUAUCUGGUGUCAAAUUGUUGCAUGUUCUGUUCUUUAUUCGACCAUUGAGUUGGCUAUGUUUGUGGCAUUGGUUAAACAAGUUCGUGAAGGAGUGGAAUGAGGAUGUUUAUUUGCUAAUCUGCUUCUUCAAGGUAGUUUUCUGACUCAUACGCUCUAUAUGUGAUGAAGGGAGACAUACAUUCUGUCGACAGAAAUAGAGGAGAUUAAUCGUGUUCGUUUCCUCAUUCUUCUCCCAUUGUUUUUUAUUUUGGAGACAUUAUUAGACUCACUUGUUACAUGACUAUAAUCUCAUCAUGUAUUCACAAAGUUUGAAGUUCAAAGGACUAUAUUGAUAUUUGAAGAAAUUUGGGUUGCUGCUGCCUUUGGUACAAAGGUUGGUGGAGUUGUGGUUCUCAUAAAUAGAGCUGUUUUUGAGGAGUCUGGUAUUGACAGGAGGAAGCUGAAAAUUAGAAUUUGUCUUUUAACGAAAGAUUGUGGGUUGAGAUUGAAAGGUGAUAGGUGGUCUGAGCUUUAUGGUGGUCAAAUUCUGCAAUUCUUUGGGAUAAUUAGCAGGAGAAUGAAAUUUAUGAGAGCAAUUUAAUGUUCUUGGGAUCAUCCCGUUGAAGGCUUUAUUUCAUUUGCGAUGAUGCUGCAGCAGCCUCAGCUUUUGGUUUUAUUCCCAGAAAUCGCUUUUGCCUUGUUUAAGAGCUGUAGCAGCAGGGGUUUUGGAUUUUGCUACUAACUUCAUAGCUCAAAUUCUGGCUAUUAUGUUUUCUUUGGAGUGGGCCUAACAGUCAGUAAUUGAAAAUGGUUUUUAUUUCGCCAGAACAAAUGCAGCUAUUCAUGCUUUUAUGGCAAGUAAAUUACCUUGGUGUGUCACCGCAAGAUGGAGAAGCAUAAGGGAUCAGUUUGAGGCUUAUUGAAUUCAAACAUUGCUGCUGUGAAGUUAAUUUUUAAUAGAUUGACCAAGAAAGGGACUUAGUUAUCAGGGCGAUUUCUUACAUUUGACUCCACUCAUCCCUUUCUGCAUAACUUAGAAUGACCUGAUCAAAAUUACUUUCGUUUUCUAUAAUGUAUUCUGUGUAAUUGGUCAGGGUCUCAAGUUGGUUGAUUGGUUUGUAAUGUCAUUUGGCUGCUUUUGGUAGUAAAUUUUGAUGAUUUAUGAGGAAAAAUUUUUUUGAGGGAAGUUGUUCA